AUGACUGAAGCCAGUUUUGUUAUAUUAUGGAAUAUUGCUCGGGCUAAACGCCCAUUAUUUGGUGGCGAAUUUAUUAACAAUAAAGCUGAUGUUGCAGUGUUAGAUCCAAAUAACACAAGACUUCAGCGACAAAUAGCACAAACACUAGUUUCAGCCGCUCUACAGAGAGGCAUAUCUCUCAGAUCAGUGCUGAUGUUGCAUGCAAAAUUCCCUUUUGACGAAUCAACUGCGAUACAAGGCGAAUCUUUUGACAUCCAAGACAACCCACAACUAGCAGAUUUUGUUUAUUUGGAAGUAACUGUGAAAGAAGAGAUGUUGAAUUUGAUGGAAUUAAAAGAAACAACUUGUGCUACUGUUAGAGCAUUAACAAAUGCUGGUGUUUCGCUAUAUAGACUUGUCAGUGUUGCAACAGAUGGAGCUCCUGCAAUGGUGGUGGUGGUGAUGAAGGUAGAGGAAUGA